AUGACUCAAAGCCCCCGUUUUCAGCGAUCGCUCUUGUCUGUAGACGUGCAUCGUGGGCCAUCUGCUGCCCUUCCCCAAAGCGGGGUGAGGCCCCCCUCGUUUUCCUCGGCCGCUUUAGCCCAGCCCAAGGAAGAUGGGGUUCCCGCCCCAGCCUCGCUCCUGCGGCGGCCCGGCUCCCCCUCACUCUUCGUUGUACCCGAUUCCCUUCGGGAGCCUCCAGGGACUUUGGCCGCCAGAAGUGGACCCAACGACACCGGCCCGUGUCCCGAGGCAGGAGGACGCGGGGGAGGAAGGGCAGAGGGCCAGGGCGGCCCUCCCCGGAGCGCCGCGAGCCAGGCCUCAUCGGGCAUUUCUCGGCAGUCCGGCGGUGGCGCUGCGGUCAGCCUUGGGAUGAGAAAGCCCGAUAACGAGUUCUGCAAAAAAGGUAUCAUUUUCCCCAAAACACCAAAACGACAAAGCGAUCUCUUGGGUUUUUUGAAUGUAAAGAAGGUGAAAACAGAGACAGAAAACAAGGGCAGGAAGGAGAAUCCUUGCGAAGCUCUGACGCCGACGGGAGCCGCUUUUGGGUCCGCCGAACAACCCAUCGCUGCAGAAAAGCCAUCGUGUUCGCCAAAGGAGGACGGCGACAGCCUUUUGCUUCCGGACUGUUGGAACAAAAAACAAGCAUUUCUGUUUACAGAGCAGUACAAGUGGCUUGAAAUAAAAGGAGGUAAACUAGGCUGUAAGGAUUGUUCCACGGUUCGGCACUUGGGAGUGGCGGCAGAAAAGCACGUCCAUGUCUCCAAGGAGUGGAGCGCUUACUUAAUAACCCCAAAUGGCAGUAACAAAGUCACGAGGCAGGCGGCUCUGAGAAAGAAAAUCAGGGAACACGACGUUUCCAAAGCCCACACGAAAAUCCAGAAUUUACUGAAAGAAUCCGCUGACGACUCCAUCUCAAAUAUAGUACGUAAACUAAACAAUAAAAAUAUUGAUGCUACCGUAAGGGUCUUCCAAACGGUUUAUGGCUUAGUAAAGCGCAACCGGCCCUUAUCGGAUAUUGAGGGGGCCAUAGAAGUUCAGGAGAAAAACGGCGUAGACAUAGGCAGCUGCCUACGGACACGGUACAGCGCCACGAGGAUAGCGGAACACAUCGCGAAGGAGAUUCGGAUGGAGCUCUUCAAGAGCAUCGUAGAAGAGGAGGCCAAAAUCUGCGUCAUCCUCGAUGAGGUGGCCACGAUUUCGAAGAAGAGCACUCUAGUGAUCCAUCUGCAGUGCGAGGCUCCGUCUUCCCCUGCACCCACCAUGGUCUUUGUCGCUUUAAGAGAAUUGGCGUCCACCACCGCCCAGUGCGUCUUCGACACUCUGUUGUCUACUUUGGACGACUGCGGCUUCACGAAUGACUAUUUGAAAGCGAAUUUAAUUGCGUUUUGUUCUGAUGGCGCUAGUAAAAUUCUGGGAAGAAAGUCCGGACUACCUGCAAAGGUAUUAGAAAACUUUCCCAAAAUCAUCUUUUGGCCCUGUUUAAAUUAUCGGUUGCAGUUAUCACUUGAUGAUUCAAUAUCGGAAAUAAAACAAGUUAAUCAUUUAAAAAUGUUUCUGGACAAAAUGUGUUCUAUUUAUCACCAAUCCAAUAAAAACCAAACUGAAUUAGAAACUGUCGCUAAAGAACUUGAAAUGGAAAUAAUUAAAAUCGGCCAAGUCCUGGGCCCAAGAUGGGCAGCAUGCAGCUUACGCGCUGCUACUGCUCUUUGGCAUGUAUAUCCUACGUUAUAUUCCCGUUUUUCCCAUUCUUCUUCUUAUUCUGGUUUGGUGAAGAGAUUAGCUAACGUUCAUUUCUUGCAAGACCUUGCUUUAAUGAUUGACAUUCUUGAAGAGCUUUCAUUUCUUUCAACUGCGAUGCAUUUGCAGUCGAGAUCCACUGACAUUCAGAAAGCACAAAAAUUAAUCAAAUGCACCAUCAAAGCUUUAGAAAGAUUAAAGAUCGUCCCAGGAAAGCAUGAAUCUCAGGUGGAAGAUUUGAUGAAGUCAGAUAAGUUUAAAGGCAUUCCAUUUAAUAAAAACAAUACACUUCAUCCUCUUCCUAGGAGUACGUUACUGGAAAAUAUAAUUCAGCACAUGAAUUUGUGUCUCUUAUCGGAUGAUGAGAACAUUUUUCAUUAUUUUGAUUUACUAGAACCAUCUACUUGGUCUUUUGAGCAAGUAACUUCACCAUGGAGAGCUGGUGAAAAAAACUUAUAUCGCUUAAGUGAAAUUUUAAAAUACGAAAUUGAUUUGGAUGAUUUUCGUAAUUUUGUAGAUAAUGUAGAAUCAAACAAUGUUCCAAUACCUGCAACAAUCCAGAAAGCUAAAAAAAUCAUUAGCAUCAUUGCCAUCGAUACAGCUGAAGCUGAGAGAGGUUUUGGUUUAAUGAAUAUGAUUUGUACGAGGGUGAGAAACAGUUUAACAGUAAAACAUGUAUCAGAUUUAAUGACAAUUAAUUUAUUGGGAAAAGAAUUAGCAGAUUGGGAUGCAACUCCGUUUGUCAAAUCAUGGUUAAAUUGCAACCAUAGGCUGGCUACAGAUACGAGGGUUCGGCAGAAGUCAACGAGAGCAUUCUGUAAGAAUCCAUUGGCUCUAUGGAAUUGA